UCUCGUUUAACCAAAAAAAAAAAAAAACCACACUGACUUUUGGAUUUGUUCAAAGCAAAACCCCUAAAAAGAUAAACAAAAAGAAGGCAACAGGCAUUGAGCGUCUUGCAUCAGAUUCAAAUUAGGGCAUAAAGUCUUAUUGGAGAAAGAAGCUAUGGGAAGAAGAAAACUGGAGAUCAAGCGAAUCGAGAACAAAAGCAGUCGACAAGUCACUUUCUCUAAACGACGCAGUGGUCUUAUCGAGAAAGGUCGACAACUUUCGAUUCUCUGUGAAUCCUCCGUCGCUGUUCUCGUCGUCUCCGCCUCCGGAAAAGCUUUACAACGCAACCUCCGGCAGCGACAACAUGAGCCAGAUCAUCAAUCGUUAUGACAUACAACAUGCUGAUGAACUUAGAGCCUUGGAUAUUGAGGAAAAAACUCGGAACUAUCUUCCACACAAGGAGUUACUAGAAUUAGUCCAAAGCACCCUUGAAGAACCGAAGGUUGACAGUGUAAGUGUAGAUUCUCUAAAUUCGGUGGAGGAUCAGCUCGAGGUUGCUCUGUCUAUAACUAGAGCUAGAAAGUCAGAGCUGAUGCUGGAGUGUGUGAAAAACCUUCAAGAGAAGGAGAAGAUGAUGAUAGAAGAGAAUCAUGUUCUGGCUAGCCAGGUUACAAAUGCUCAAUCUCUUUUGCUUCUAGAAGCUAACUAAAUUUAUUUGUAUAGAUGGUCGUUAGAUACAUAAAUAUGAAAAAGUUCAGGACUUUGAUGGAUAAUGAUAGACAAUUUUGAGUGAUACCCAUUAUUAAUUUGUUUUUAAAUAUUUUUUCUUAAUCUUCCCAGAUUUUUUUUUUUUUUUUUUUUUUUGGUCAAAGCUUCCAAAUUUUGGUUUUCUUGUAAAUAUUUACAGUUUACUAACUUGGUGGCGGUAGUAAAUUGAACACACAAAAAAAGUAGUUGUAGGAGAAGAGUAAGGAUCUUUGAUGGGUGGGUGCAAAACAAUUUUGAGUGUCGAUUGAAAAUUUGCAAAAGAAAAGCAUGCUUUUAAAUUUUAUAUUACAAAGUAAGUUUAAGAAAAAUUAUAACGGACGGAAGUUGCAUAAUUUUGAGUGAAAUUCAUGGUUCAAUUUAUAAUAUUACCCCAAAAAAGGUAUAAAGAUUAAUUUCUUGUUAAUAUUUUUGGUAUCUGUAGAAAAAAGAAAUGUAAAAAAGUUUCUUACAGAUGGGGAAGAAGACGUUUCUAGCGACAGAGGACGAGGGAGCAAUGUCACCGGCAAAUAACUCCGGCAACAACCCACCGGAGACACUCUCGCUGCUCAAGUAAACCACCAUGAUCCAAAGGCUGAGUUUUCACCUAAACUCAAAGCCUGAUUCAGAAUUAAAAAUCAAAUCUGUAAAUAAUAAAAAGCUACAUAAACUCAAAACCUUUUGUUUAUCUUCCUCUAAUGUGGAAAUUAAGAUAAAAAAAAAGAAAGGACGGAAGCUCUUUUCCUGUUAAAGAAUUGUAAAACUAAGAUAAAGUAUCGGUCUUUACUGUACCUUCGUUGACAAGAUCAGACUCUGCUUGUUUAUGUUGUCUUAUGAAAGUAUGGAUUGGAUUUUAAACUUUUUUGCUUUGCUUCAGCUUGAAGAACCCCUUAUUUAUUCCUUAUUUAACUGCUAGUUGUUUUGAUUACUUGUCUUACGCUACGUGGCAAAGUUAAAAUUUUAGUUGUUGCUUGACAUUUAAUCAUAAUUUACAUAGUUG